AUGACAUCAAAGAUUUUGAUUGUGGUGGGCCUAGGCCAGAACUGGAAAGCAUGUCUUGAGGAGGAAAUCAAUUUAGAGGAUGAAUAUGGGGAUUGGGGUAGCGAUGAAUGCUUGGAAUUGAAGCAACAAGCUCUGUCACGCACAAAGAUGUUAGUAAGAGAUUAUUUUGAAUUCAAAGCCGCUCGUUCCAUACAACGUUUUGUACGCGGAUGGUUAAUACGUAAUCGUCUAGCCAAACGAAUUCGUGCUGUUAUUAUAAUUCAAACUGAAUGGCGCCGGUUUCACUAUCAGCGUUUAUAUUUUCGCAAAGUGGAGAGACUUUUGCAGCAACGCAUUGAGGAAUAUUAUUUCCUGGCAGCUCAAAAGAUUCAGGCAGCAUUUCGUGGUUGGUGGUCUCGCGAGCAUAUACACGAUCAUACUCAUUUAAUGCGAUUACAUAUUACGGCCGGGGAGGAUUUGUUGCAUUGUAUAGCCUUUAAGUUGCAUCAUUUAAUUCGUACCCGUGCCAUACCUGGUAUUUAUUCGUUAAAGAAUACAACAACCCUCUCUAAAGUAGAGCAACUUUUGGCCACCAUGACAUUUAAACAGUGCAAUGAUCGCGCUCGCGAGUUAAAUCGGCGGCAUGCGGAACUGAUUCAUCAUUCCAAGAAACGAUACAAAAAAUCCCAAUUUGCUAGUGAAAUACCGUUUCCUGGACCAAAUAUCUACAAUUUAUGUGAACCAAAAUGCAUAUCGUUGUAUUCCGAUAGAGAUGCCGAUAGAAAAAUGACGAAAAUUCUACGCAUGUAUGAAAAAGCUCAAAGUGAGGAUUCUAAGGUUUUUAAAUUACGUCGCAAAAGUAAGUUUCCUGCCGGGUUUCGGCAUAUUUGCCUGCCGCCGCCCACAACUUUUUGCGGCGACGUUGUACGUAGCAUGAAGAGAUGGAAAAUAAUCAAAGAAAAUAACUUGACUGUGGAAACAAAGAUACUGGAAAAUCCACGAAAUGUGGAGAAUUUCCUAAAAGAAGUCCAGUCGAAGUGGGACAUUUUACAUGGCAAUUGUCAUUGCAAAGAUGCGUUCAUCAAAGAACUUGAAAAGGGGAAGAAAUUCACUGGCGUUUGCUCUGCAACUUAA